AUGUCGCCCGAAGAUAUCACAGUAGCUAACACUUACCCCAUGUACACAGUCACAGCUACCUUGAAUGGAAACAAAAAUGAACAGAAUUUCCGCCAGCUAACAUUCAGCUUUGGAAGACUGUAUAAAGCUAGGCUCAUGAAAAAAAUCACCCGCUUUAAAGGUGCUGCGUUGCCCUGCUUUGGGCUGAGCAGGUGCACUUGCCUCCUCGUCCUCUCCCACCUAGGACGGGCCACGCCGGGAGGGGCGGAGGAGAAGGACGAGGGGAGGAGGCACGAAGGUCACCGCGAUUCCCAGACCGGGAGGACGCAGCAGCCGAGAGGCGCUUCCCCGGCACGUUCGGGCGGGGCGUUCACCGGAGACCGGGCACCGGGGCUACACAGCCUGGACCCCGGGCCAGGCCGGUCGCGGGUGGCCUCGGGGCCUCGCUGCAACUUCUCGGCCCGAGCUCCACGCGCCCUCAGUCAGUCGUGGGCCCCCCACCCGCUUCCUUUCAUUCUCAGGCUCGGAAAUAGGCCAGGGGGCGGGGUGGAAGCUACACCUGGUGCAGCCCUGGUUUCUGAGGCAAAAGAGCUUUUCUUCCCAGCCCUGGGAAGGCAUUUUAACCAUAGGCUGCUCAGAUCUUCCCGUCCCGAUACCGUACGGAAAGCGCCGGCGACCUGGGCACUGACAGCACUGCCGAGACCAGGAUCUGUAUUAUCUUCAGAAACUCAUAAAAAGUGGUUCAUCAUGGGAAGAACAGCACUGUUUGAUUUCACUCCUACAACUUUUCAGUUACAUUAUCCAGUGAGAGAGUCAUCAGAAACAACUGUCACUAUCAGAGGGCAGAAACUGCCAUGAUUUACAAAGGCAAGAAGUGAUUUUCCUGAAUCACAGGAUGA